AUGGAGAUUGAAAAUCGGAGACGUUUAUCUGAACUUGAAAAUUUGUCAUUUGGACAACUUUCUUCUUUAAUUCCAUUCAAUGAAAAUGAAAAUGUUGAAAUGUGUGUUUUAUAUGUCAUAAGAGAAAAAACCAUCGCACUGGUGCCAUGUGGACAUAAGUCUGUAUGUGAUGAUUGUUUAAUUCUGCUCGAUCCAAAACGAUGUCCACUAUGCAACACAUAUUUUACUGAUUAUUUAAGCAUUUGGUCAUAA